CUCCAGAAGAGAGUGAGAGAGAGAGCUUGAGUAUAGAGAGUACAGCAAUCGCUCACGAGCCUCUUGUUUACCUGCAGUAACUAAAUCUCAGCAUCUGAUUUUAGCUUUUGAUCCCCAGUCGUGUUAGGAUGGAUUGCUGUUCUGGUGAUAAGGAAGAGACCUGCGUGAAGCAUGAGGAGGAAGAUAUCCUUGACAUCCCCUUGGAUGACGAAGAGGCUAAUGCAGCCGCUGCAAAGAUCCAGGCUAGCUUCCGCGGCCACAUGACCAGGAAGAAGCUCAAGGGUGGAGAGAAGGAAGAUUCCGAGCAGAAAGCAGAUGGCACAAGGGAUUGCGAGGAGGAAGCUCCUGCGGAUGGGCCUGACGAGACCAGUGCGAAUGCUGGAGACUCAGGAGCAGCUGACGCAGUCAAGGAAGAGAAAGGUCAAAAUGGAGCUACUGAAGAGGCAAAGGAAGGGGCGUCUGUUAAUGGGGAUCAAGCAGAGACAGCUCCUGAAGAUGGAGGGAAAGCAUCCGAGGAGGUAGAAGGUGAGACAGAGGCAUCUGCACCUGAGCAGUGAGGCCGUGAUCACACGCCUUGUCAAUACUUCCUGUAAGCCUAGGAACAAUGUUGUGCUGGAUUAAUUCAAUGCUAUUGUUUCAAUUUGUACUCCUUGCAAGAUAUUCCUGUGUUCUUCUGAAUUACUUUGUACAUUUCCACCUGCCAGCAGACACAGUAGUCCCUUCUGUCUUAUAUCUCUCCCUUUUCUCUCACCUUCCUUUAUUUCUUCCUUCACAUUCUUUGCUUCAUUUGUUUAAUCUUCCUUCUUUCAAGGGAAGAAAUAGUCCGUUGCUUCUUUCUUGCUUUGCACAUAAAGGCAUUAAGUGGAUAUUGAAUUAUUCCAUGAGCCUGUAUGAUAUUCUCAUAUAAUAUUAUGGUCCAAGAGUUUGAAGCAAUAUACCUUGGCAUUAUUAUUGGAUUUGGUUAACCUCCAGAUGACAUUACAGACUGCACAUAUGAGAAGAAGUCAGCAUUAGUAAGUCCUUGCCCUUGGAUAGUAAUGACCUGCUCCACUCAAUCAGGAUCUCCCACUAGAAGACUCAUGGCUGGGUCUGAUUGUCAGGUGGAAAUUUCAUUGUACCAUGAAACAUUUUCUCUCCGACCAGUCUUCACAUGAUUUAUUGUUUUUUUUAAAGGAGGAAUAUAUGAUUACAACAUAGCAACAGAAAUGAGCAUAGAUGCAUGCUGCAUGAAAUAGAAGUUUCAGUAAAUAACUUGCUGUAUACUGGGUAAUGAUUUAAGGAAGCAAAUUACUAUCACUAGCUCAAAAAAUACAGAGUAUCAAACACAGGCAGAAAAGUAUUUUUUAAAAUUCUAACCCAUAGUAGAAAUUUCAUUAUGUCUAAAAUGUUCAAAAAUAAAAUUAUGAAAAUCACAAAUAACUUCACCUGGGAUUCUUUCCUUAUGAUUUUAUACUCUGGCAGCCACGAGGGAAGUUGUUGGAUUGUAACAAAGUGUAAGUGCUGAUAGCAACACAGCUUAAGCCUGGAAGAGCCUGGCUUCUCAUGGUAAUGAAAUGGUUAGUGGAGCCUUCCCACCAAUCUAACCAUCCAUUUCCAAACCUGAAGCCAGAAUUCUUCAGGGAAUCCCUUGGUUUAGUUUUGGCUCAGCUGGUCCUCACACCUUUCCCCCAAUUUAUCUGUUUAUCUGAAUGGAGCAGAGUCAGGAUUUAUAAUUGAAGGUAUCCUACGCCCUCGACCAUGACUAAUGCAAUUGCUGUUUGGACUUGGAAAAAAAAAGCUCUUUAAGUUGAUGUACAGUAUUACAUUCAGAGCAUUUCAAACAAAUCAGCACCAAGAUUCUUGGGAAUGAUGACUGAUCAUAUGAAACUCUUAACCCUAUCUACUGUCACCUUCAGCUUCCCAUCUCUCUUUCUCAUUCAUAGCUGAAUAUAACUUAUACUGGUCAAGGACAGGAGGUUUUCUGUUAAGGAAUUAGGAGAGCCAUUGAUAAAGCUGCAAAUGAGGUCAUGAUGCAUUUUCCGUGGAGAUGCUCAUUAUAUCUUAACCUGCCAUUGCUUGAAUUUCUUCCUGCCUUCUCUUUUACACAUAAUGAUUAAAAAUAUGUUUAUUUCUUGAAUGAUGAAGAUUCUCAUCCAUAUCCAGCUCACUUCCAUUUCAUGGAUUUCAGGCUGAUAUGUUUAAAAUGCCCAGAACUUAAAGCCUCUCUCUGCACAAGACCUAGUAAGGUGCUGAUACCUCCGAGAACUUAAAUAAGGUGUCACGUCAACGUUGAAAUCCUAUUGAGAAGCACACAUUCAAUUUGAAAGCAAGGCCCCUGUUUUAAAUUGGGUUGUAAUUUUUCUUUUAAAUGUCCGGCCCAGUAAAACAAAACAAAGUAUUUAUUUCUCAUCAACUACAAUAUGGUGAUGCAGAGAACUGCCUGACAAAGAAUGUUAAUGUACAGUAUAACUGGGUACCUUGGGGAUAAUUGUAACCUAACCCAUUCAGCUAGAAACAGAUGGAAUAGGUCCUUUGCUGAUUUUUCACCAAUUACACCACUUACCAUCAGCGUAACAUUAGGCAACCAGAGAUCUUUUCAACAUAUAGUUUUUCCAACUGACAAAUCAGUUUUAAAAUGAGUGUCCUUGACUCUGAUCUCAGCUCUGCAGCAAUGUCCACUGUAAUCCAUAUCACUUUUAGUCUGAUUCCACACCAUGCAUGCAGGAUUGACCCAAUGCCAAAAUUCUGAACUGCUAGUAAGAAUGACUUUUAUUUUGGUCAUUAUCUUUAGGAAUGUUUCUUAUUUCACAGUCAGUUUUGUGCCUGGUCUCCUAACAGUAAAAAAUGUGGUUAAAAUUAAAUCAAUUGCCCAAGUCACAACAACCACAAUUGCCCGAGAGACUCACUGAAAGUUAUGUUUGAAGUCAGACAUUUUGAGUAUACAGGUUUGAAAGAGAGUAAAUUGACCUGGUCCAGAUGUCUUACUGCAAGAUUGGUCAAUUAUGUGUUUGUAUCACAUUGAACUUACAUCAGCAUAAUGCCUAUUUGACCCCGCUGAUGAGUACCAGUGUUUAUGUUUUUCAUUCAAGCCUCUUCUUGUACUUUAUCCCAUCCUUCUAGGGCAUUUUUUCUGAACCUUUCUAACUCAUGUAAUAAUCAAAAUUUUCCUUCAAAUGGUUCAUGUUAUUUGCUUGAGCUAUCUCCGUCAUUACAUUUCAUGACCCAAGACAGUUGUUUUUCAGAUUUUCAUAUAUUUCUCUAUGAUGCAGAGAGUGGCCCAUCGAGUCUAUAUUCACUCAUAGGACUGCUCUAUUGGUGCCAUUUCCCCAGGCCAUUUCCCUACAAAUUAUUCAUUCUUACAAGUCCAUCAACUCAGUCCUCCCUAUUACUCCUGUUACCGGCCAGGGGGAAUCUUAAAGUGACAAAAUGAAUCUAUUUUUGCGUCACUGGAACGUGGGAGAAAAUGGAACCACAUGGGAAAAAUUCAUGGGAUCAGAGUUCAAACCCCAUGUUGACAGUAUUGAGGGUCUUGAUUGGAUCCAGGUCUAUGGAGCUAUGCGGUAUCAUUGUAUCAUUGUGGCUCUGUGAUACAGGCUGCAUUGACACCCCUCCAUUACUGCUUUUGAGCCGAGUCUUGGUAGGGCAUUUCAGGAUCAGAUAGGAUGGUGAGUCUGGAGUUACACACAGGCCAAGUGGUAGGUCUCCCCACAAAGGAAAUUCGUGAACAAACUAGAAUUUUACAAGUUUUUUUUUUAAUAAUUUUAUGGUCAUCAUUUCAAAUGACAACUUCAUUUUAUUUACAUUCCAGAAUAUCAACUGAAUUUUAAUACCACAGCUGCCAAGGUGGGAUUCAAAAUUGUAGAUUCGGUCUAUGUCUCUAGAUUACUAUUUCAGUAAUUUAGCAGUAGCUGCACCAUGAAAAGAGUGCAAGGAUGCUGUAAAAUUAACACAUUGGCAUAGCUGCCAGAAUUGCAAUAUUCUGGACUAUCACUUAUGCAUGGAUCGUAGAUUGAACAUAUGGUCUGCUAGUUAUUGGGCACAAUGUCAGAAACUCAACACUGAUGAAUACCAUCACAAAUUAUACCCUACAAUAAUUAAUGUGCAAGUAGACAAAUUUGCUUUAGUAUGUAAUUGUGCAGGUGUGUUUGUUAGUGUGUGUAUGCAUGUGCAUGUGUUUAUGUAUGCAUAUUUACAAACAUAUGCAUAUGGGUACGUGUGUGCGCCUGUGUGUACCUGCAACUGUAUGUUCCUGCACCUGCAUAUUUGCACGUGUGUGUGUGUGUGUGUGUGUGUGUCUGUUUGUCUGUCUGUCUGUAUGCAUGUGUGUGAAUUAAAUAUAGCUAGAGAUCUUUCAUAAUGGACUAUUGUGACUAUGGAGCUGAUUAGUGCUGUGCAAUCUUAGCAUUUCUUUGCUGAUCCCUUGUAAGAAUGUCGCUGGGAAAUCAAUUGUCAUUUGUUUCCUUGAUGUUUAUUUGCAUGUGAUUUAUCUGGAAUACUUAAUAAUUGUUCAUUUAAAGUCUGUUUGUUUAACAAAUAAAAAAUUUUAAAAAUCAAAGUAUCAUAAAUGGUUGUUGGGC